CUCCUACAACAUUCUUUUUCGUUCCCUAUUUAUCGAGACGACCAAGUCCCCCUUGGAGUUGCAUUGCACACAUACAUACGUAGAGAGAUCAAAAAACCUAAUCGCGCAGAGUAAAAGCAAAAAAGAAGAAGAAGAAAUCAGAGAGAAUGUCGUGGCAAGCAUACGUUGAUGAGCAUUUGAUGUGUGAUGUCGGCGACGGCCAAGGUCACCACCUAACCGCCGCCGCUAUCAUCGGCCAUGACGGUAGCGUUUGGGCUCAGAGCGCUAAUUUUCCUCAGUUCAAACCUCAAGAGAUCACGGACAUUAUGAAGGAUUUCGAUGAGCCGGGUCAUCUCGCUCCCACGGGCUUGUUCCUCGCAGGGCUAAAGUAUAUGGUAAUCCAAGGCGAGCCUAAUGCUGUCAUCCGUGGCAAGAAGGGAGCUGGAGGGAUCACGAUCAAGAAAACAGGACAAUCAAUGGUGUUUGGUUUGUACGAAGAGCCAGUGACUCCAGGACAAUGCAACAUGGUUGUCGAGAGGUUGGGUGAUUACUUGAUCGAACAGGGUCUUUAAACCAUCUACAAUGCUUUACAUCUCUUUUUCUAAUUCAUAAAACCAUUGUCUCUCUUUUUGGGUGCAUGGUUUUGGUUUUUCUUUUUAUCUUUUUAAAAAAAAAAAAUUAUUUGGGGUCUUUCUGGUUUCUACCUUAGCAAAGUUUAACAGAAAACUGAAGCCUAGGUUGCAGACAAUAACACAAAGCCUGUGUGAAGAAGCCGAGACUUAAAGACUAUCUUUUUUUUUUCCUCUCUUUUUCAUGGUUUCGUGAUUAAUUUGUUUGUUCUAAAAAAAUUAAUUUUACCGUACAUUUAUUUGUUGAGUAUAUACGCUCAUGUCAUUCUGAUUCA